AUGGAGAUAGAACGCUGAGAACUUUGUGCGGGGAAAGGUGGGUCAGCAUGAAGCGGCGGGUGACAACGGGGAGGACCGGCGGCUUUGAUGAAGAUUCUGUGGCCGCCUAUGUGCGGGAGAUUCAGCUCAGUCACACAAUCUCCGCACAGCUCAGAGUGGGGAACUUUGAGUGCGAUCAGGCCACACAGACAGACGUCACAGAGGUUUGGGAAAUAAAGGAGCUGAGGAAUGUGAUACAAACACUGACACAGUCUCUUGAAAUACUAAAGAAAGAAGUCGUGUUCCAGAAGACUCUUUUGCAAGGGGAAUAUGAACAGAAGAUUGAAGCUCAGGCCUUGGAACUUUCUAAUCGUAUGACUGAGACCAUAAGGGAUAUUGAAGCAGUUCAUAAAAAGAAACUGUUCACCCUUAGAAAAAGUUUCCAGCAACAGCUGGCGGACGCUCUUGCUGUAAUGAGAUCAAGCUAUGAGAAUUAUUAUAAAGGAAUCUCAGGGAGUCAGAAAGGCCAUGAAACGCAUGAAGCAGAUUCUGAAAAAAUCCAAAGUUUGCGAAGAAAGCUUGAUGAGAAAGAUCUACUUAUUCAGUCGCUGGAAGCCCAGAUAUUACAGCUGGUGGAAAAUGAAGAGCCUAAACAGAUCGUUUACCAAUCAGAAGAUGACCCAGAGAAAGAGCGUCUGCUGGAAGAAAAUAAGGAGAUGAGAAGAGAGAUGGACGCUCUGCAGGACAAGGUCCUCCAGCUGGAACUGGUCCUGAAGGAGAAAGAGAAACGCAUCGGCUCAUUAGAUCAGGAUGUGGGCGCCAUGAAAGUGAGAAUGGAAGAGGACCAAAGGACCAUUGAAAAGCUAUCUAGUGCUCAGGAGCAGCUAAAAAUUGAACUGGAGAGUGAAAAAUCUGCUGCCGCCACUCUGCUGCAUCAGCAAAAGGAAGAAAUGGAAAAUGCUCUAAAAUCAAAGCUGAAAGAAAAAGAAAAAGAGUGCCACCAACAGAAACAGGAGCUACAGGGUAUAAAAGAGAAGAGAGUGAAACAAAAAGAAAAGCUGCAUGAUGAGCUCCAGAGACAUAAAGAACAGCUGAUGUUGGAAGCAGAGCGGGCAAAUAAAUUGAAAGAGGAAGCUGAGCAGCUGAAGAGGAUAAAUGAGAAAGCCAGGACAACCAAACUGGAUGUAGAGAAUAUGAAUGCAGAUAAGGACAAGCUUCAAGCCCAGAUUAAAAUACUUUUAUCUGUAAGAGAAGAAGAUCUGAAGACUAUAGACAGAUUACAGAGGGAGCUUGACAGACUCAACAAAACUUGGGAAAAGAAGUUUCAAAUUCUCAAACAAAGCUUUCAUGCCAUUAAAGAUGAGAUGUUUCUGAGGCAAACUCUCCAUCGCCAGGCAAUAAAUCUGCAUAAAGUGUCUGUCAGUUAUAUGACAGAUGGUACAUUGGGACCCCUUCCUCCUGAUCUACCUGUACGGAAUAGCUUCUAUCCCCUUAGCUUACCUCUGCCCCAAAUAGGAGCUAAGUCACCUUCUGCUAUGCAUAUGAAUUCUGAUAACCAACUAGAUGCUUCGGAGCAAGAAAUAUAUGUGGAGAAUGAAUUGCAGGUGGUGUCAGACACUGAUGAGGACAUCGAAGGAGUUCCGCCUCUGCCGCCUCCACCUUCUAACAUGAUUAGGGGAAAUUAGGUCAGAAAAACUGAAGUUAUAUCAACGAAAGUAUUUUUUUUUUGCUUUGAAUUUUUUUUUUUAAGUGUAAUGUUUUGUUUGAGUAUUGUUUAUUAAACUUGGAUGAACUGUGUAUAUCAAGCAACUAUUUUCUAUAAUUUGUCUAUAGAUAAUGGGUUUCUUUUUGAACCAUGUUGGCAUUUGUUAUUACAGUAUAUAUUUGAUGUAAUAAAGACACAAGACCAAUCUAGUUCAACCAAUUGACAAAUUUAUGAAUAUAUAAUUAAAUUGAAAACUCCCAAUUUCCAGAACCAAAAGCCUUCAUAGGCCUAUUGUAUUAGUGUGUGAACCCCAAAGCAAAGCUCAAAUACAUGUGUGUA